GCUCCGGAGCAGCCAGCCGCAGUUCUGGGGGCGGCCGCCAGGGGGCGCCGGGCCCCCUGUUUUCCUUUCUGGCCGAGGUCGGGGCCCGAGGCCUGCAGAGCGCAUGCUCCGGGACAGUUCGCGGCCCGGCGGGUGAGCGCCGGAGUUGGUGGCGGCGGCUGCGCCCGAGGACAGGAAGAUGCCACCGAAGCGCAUAGCCAAGAGAAGGUCACCCCCGGAAGAUGCGAUUCCCAAAAGCAAGAAGGUGAAGAUCUCACACAGGUCCCACAGCACAGAACCGGGCUUGGUGCUGACGCUGGGCCAGGGCGACGUGGGCCAGCUGGGGCUGGGCGAGACUAUCAUGGAGCGGAAGAAGCCAGCCCUGGUGCCCAUUCUGGAGGAUGUUGUGCAGGCCGAGGCCGGGGGCAUGCACACUGUGUGUCUGAGCAAAAGUGGCCAGGUGUACUCCUUUGGUUGCAAUGACGAAGGUGCCCUGGGAAGGGACACCUCAGUGGAGGGCUCAGAGAUGGUCCCCGGGAAAGUGGAGCUGCAGGAAAAGGUGGUGCAGGUGUCAGCAGGAGACAGUCACACCGCAGCCCUCACCGAGGAUGGUCGAGUUUUCCUCUGGGGUUCCUUCCGGGACAACAAUGGUGUGAUCGGGCUCUUGGAGCCCAUGAAGAAGAGCAUGGUGCCUGUGCAUGUGCAGCUCGAUGUGCCGGUGGUAAAGGUGGCCUCCGGAAAUGACCACUUGGUGAUGCUGACAGCUGACGGUGACCUCUACACCUUGGGCUGUGGGGAGCAGGGCCAGCUGGGCCGGGUGCCUGAGUUAUUUGCCAACCGUGGUGGACGGCAGGGCCUUGAACGACUCCUGGUGCCCAAGUGUGUGCUGCUGAAGUCCAGGGGGACCCGAGGCCAUGUGAGGUUCCAGGACGCCUUCUGUGGUGCCUAUUUCACUUUUGCCAUCUCCCGAGAGGGCCAUGUGUAUGGCUUUGGCCUUUCCAACUACCAUCAGCUUGGAACACCAGGCACAGAAUCUUGCUUCGUACCCCAGAAUCUGACAUCCUUCAAGAAUUCUACCAAGUCCUGGGUGGGCUUCUCUGGUGGCCAGCAUCACACAGUCUGCAUGGAUUCCGAAGGAAAAGCAUACAGCCUGGGCCGGGCCGAGUACGGGCGGCUAGGCCUUGGGGAGGGUGCUGAGGAGAAGAGCAUACCCACCCUCAUCUCCAGGCUGCCCACUGUCUCCUCAGUGGCCUGUGGAGCCUCUGUAGGGUAUGCCGUGUCCAAGGAUGGUCGUGUUUUUGCCUGGGGCAUGGGCACCAACUAUCAGCUGGGCACAGGGCAAGAUGAGGACGCCUGGAGCCCCGUGGAGAUGACUGGCAAACAGCUGGAGAACCGUGUGGUCUUAUCUGUGUCCAGCGGCGGCCAACACACAGUCUUACUAGUCAAAGACAAGGAACAGAGCUGAUGAAGCCGACUAGGGCCUGACGGCUGGCUCCCUCCCUGCCUCACCAAACAGGGAAGCAAAGACAACUGUGGAAUCCUGAAGGCCUCUCCCCAGCCCUCAGUGCUCUGUCAUCUCCUGCCUUUUCCCCAUCAACAGAGCAGAGUCCUUUUCCUCUCUCUUCUUUCUGGAGUCAUCCUGGAAUCUGCAGGAUUAAGUUUGGGAUGGGAGAACUUAGACCUAACUAUGUGAUUGGUUAGACCUCUCUUCCCCUCCAACUUCCUACCUCCUGUGGUCCUGGCUGGCCUUGGCUUUGCCUACCAAAACACCAAAGCUUGCUUCUAGGUGUUUGGUGCCUGCACUGUGAAAAGUUGGGGCUCUGUCAGGUCCCACUGUAGUCACAUGCCACUCCUAACAGUCCCCAAGCAGGCAGCUGCAACAGUCACCUGACCCAUGCCUGGGCAGUCUGGAGAAAGGGCAGGCUAGAGAGCUCUGGGCAACCCCAAGUCAAAUAUUUGGCUCUGAACAGGUGUCCAUGGGGCAAGACAAGAGAUCUACUUGAUGAAAAAUGGCAGCUGGCUGUUUCCCAGAAGCACAAAGCACACUCUUGCCCCUCAAGGCUGCCUGUUCUCCUUCAUCCAUAUGGCUCCAUUGCAGGGACCAGAAACCCUUGCCGGGCUGGGCUGGGCUGGG